ACGACUAAAUCUGCAGUCCCCAUCACUUCCAUGACUACUUCUCCAGUUCCCAUCAUCUCCACAACUACGUCUGCUGUCCCCACCACUUCCACGACUACUUCUACAGUGCCCACUACUUCCACGACUACUUCUCCAGUUCCCAUCAUCUCCACGAGUACAUCUACAGUCCCCACCACUUGCACAACUACCUCUACAGUCCCCACCACUUCCAAAACUACGUCUGCAGUCCCCACCACUUUCUCGACUACUUCCCCCGUUUCGACCAUCUCGACAACUACUUCUGCAGUCCCUACCUCUUCCAUGACUACGUCAGCUGUUUCCACCACUUCCACGACUACUUCUCCAGUUCCCAUCAUCUCCAUGAGUACAUCUACAGUCCCCACCACUUCCACAACUACGUCUGCUGACUCCACCACCUUGACGACUAAAUCUGCAGUCCCCAACACUUCAAUGACUACUUCUCCAAUUCCCAUCAUCUCCACAACUACGUCUGCUGUCCCCACCACUUCCACAACUACUUCUCCGGUUCCCAUCAUCUCCAUGAGUACAUCUACAGUCCCCACCACUUCCACAACUACGUCUGCUGUCUCCACCACCUCGACGACUAAAUCUGCAGUCCCCAACACUUCAAUGACUACUUCUCCAAUUCCCAUCAUCUCCACAACUACGUCUGCGGUCCCCAACACUUCCACGACUACUUCCCCCAUUCUGAUCAUCUCGACAACUACUUCUGCAGUCCCUACAACUUCCACGACUACGUCUGCUGUUCCCACCACCUCCACGACUAUUGCUCCAGUUACCAUCAUCUCAACGACAGCUUCUGCAGUCCCUAGCACUUCCAAGACUACUUCUCCAAUUCCCAUCAUCUCCACAACUACGUCUGCUGUCCCCACCACUUCCUCGACUACUUCUCCAGUUCCCAUCAUCUCCACAACUACGUCUGCUGUCCCCACCACAUCCACAACUACGUCUGCGGUCCCCAACACUUCCACGAGUACAUCUACAGAACCCACCACUUCCACAACUACUUCAACAGUCCCCACCAUUUUCACAACUACGUCUGCUGUCCCCACCACUUCCACGACUAAAUCUGCAAUCCCUUCCACUUCUACGACUACGACUGCUGUUCCCACCACUUCCACGACUACUUCUCCAGUUCCCAUCAUCUCAGCGACUACUUCUGCAGUCCCCACCACUUCCACGACUACUUCUGCAGUUCCCAUCAUCUCUACGACUCCUUCUGAUGUCCCGUCCACUUCCACAACUACUUCUGCAGUCCCUACCACUUCAGCGACUACGUCUGCUGUUCCCACCACUUCCACAACUACUUCUGCAGUCCCCACCACUUCCACGAGUACAUCUACAGAACCCACCACUUCCACAACUACUUCAACAGUCCCCACCACUUCCCAUCAUCUCUACGACUCCUUCUGA